AUGGAACAUCUGCAACGAGCUGAGCAAGGAGUUGUAGAAAAAUUUGAUAUUAAGUUAAAAUCAAAACCGAAGGAUGGUGUGAUAUUACAACUACAUCACACGAUAAAAGGUCCAAAUGGAGAAUGUCGAAGAAUACGGUUUUCAACGGCCACAUUUGAUGACAACCAAGAAAAACUUGCAUGUGCAGACAAUGCUGGAAACAUCUUUAUAUUGGAUUUUACCGACUUAAAGUUUUGGAAAUUGACCGGUAUCGGGCCGAGUACCGCACUACAGUUCGUGCCUAACAAGCCAGACACACUGGUUGUCGCUACGAAUAAAAAGUAUGACAUGAACUUUAUCGACAUAGAAACAGGACAAACCUCUUUAACACUCUCAGGGCAUUCAGCACCUGUAAGACACAUUUACUUUUCAAACAAUGUCAAAGUAAGCAAUCUCUUAACGGCCAGUAAUGUUGAAGCUAUUUUAUGGGAGCUUCGUAAUUAUACCAAAUAUUUUACACUAAAUACUUAUCUUGAUGCGCGAAUCCAGCAAAUCUUAUUUACUCCAGCCGGAGACUUUCUUGUUGCAUGCUUUCAGAAUGAUACUGUUCAAAUUUGGAAACAUGAGACGAUGAAAUCAGUCAAACAAAUCAUACCAAGUGAAUUGAAGCAUAUGAAAAAUAUUGCUUUCACAAUGAAUGGUCGGGCAAUGGCAAUGGCUGGGCUCACACCUAUGUUAAUUCUAUUCAGUAUGGAUACUUGGAAAGCACUGAAAUCUAUAGACUUGUCAAAAUAUAAUAUUUCAGGUGUUAACCAAAUAGCAUUUAUUCCUCAAUUGUUUGAUGGGGGAUCAAAUAAAAUUCUAGCUAUAUUGAGCAGUGACUGUACAUUUAGCUUACUAGACCUGGAAGCACUAACAAUCAUUCACACUAUUCAGUUUGAAUCCUCAGGAAUUCGUAGUUUUACAGUCAGCCCUACGGGAAAGUACUUCCUAUGCAUCCUACAAUUAGGUGAAGUGAAUAUUUACAAUUCUGCAUUUGUAAUGGAAUCAAUAAAAUCGGUUCCUAAAACAAUAGUUGAGAAUGUUGAUAUAAAGAAAGAUCUGCCAUGUACAUCUUACAAAAAUACCUCGCAGGAACGCUCUAAAGUGCAGGCUGCAGUGGAACAGAAGAUGCGGAUUUGUAUGGAUAGUGCUAGAUUAAGGAGAAUAUUAAUGCAAUAUGGUGAAUAUCCUGACAAGUUUCGGUCGAUUAUAUGGAGAUCGCUUCUGGAUACCCCACGUAAUAAAAUUGCAUAUGCCGCACUUAUAGAUAAAGGUAUCCAUGCAGCUUAUAGAGAUAUUGAAAAACAAUUUACAAUUCACAGCUCUAUAACGCUCAAAAACUUAAAACGCUUGCUGUCUUGUCUUGCUCAUUGGUGUCCCUUAUUUGGGGUAAUGAAAUUUUUACCAAGUUUUGUGUUUCCAUUUGUGAAAGUAUUACAGAAGGAUCCAUUAUUAUUAUUUGAAUCUGUUGCCACAAUUUUGUGUAAUUAUUGUCAGUUGUGGUUUGAGUAUGCCCCAUUCCCGCCCAUUAGUGUAUUAGCAAUAAUUGAAAAUAUUCUAGCUGAACAUGAUCAGCAACUUUUGAAACAUUUUUGUGAUGUUGGCAUCACCAGUCAAACAUAUGCUCUAAAAAUACUUGAGACUGCCUUCAGUGAAGUGUUGACUUGCUCUGAAUGGUUGAUCUUGUGGGAUCAUGUACUUAGUAAUGAACCUUCAUUUAUGAUCAUGGCUGUGGUGUCAUAUAAUAUUGUGCAAAGAAAUGCAUUAAGGCGACUAAAAUCUCAUGAACAAAUUGGAAACUUUUUUCAUAUGCAGAACCCAGUUGACAAGAAAACUUUUUUAAAGAAAGCUUAUUCCUUACUAAAUGAGACACCUGAAGAUAUACAUCCAAGAAGAUUUUUUAAUGGUUUCGUCUCUUUAGAAAAGGGAGAAUGUUACCAGCAGUUUACAGGUUACCCUAAGGCAACAAUAUGUCUUAAAUUAGCUAAAAAAGAUAGAAGAAAGACAUUGAAGCAAGAAAAGAGUAGUUUAAAAGAAUUGACCACAAAGAGCCAAGAGAAAGAAAUUAACAACCGGUUUAAACAAGAAUUUCCAUCUGAUAGUAAAUCUUAUAGUGACGAUGAAAGUUUACAAGAUUGUUGCAUUACGAAAAAUAGAAAGUCUAAAAGAAAAAGUCAUGAGUUUGUAACGAAUAAGGGUGAUUACUGUAAAAACAGUGCAAAAGAAGAACUAAUUCAAAGUAUUGUAUACCCUAGUAUGGUUCAAGAAAAAAAUAAAUUUGGCGAUAAAAAAGACAAGGAAAUUAGCAAAUGUUCUAGAUCAAAAACAAAGAAAAAAUCUGAAAGCAAAAAUGAAAAUUUGGAGAAGGAAAUUGAAAAAUUAAUAACGACUUACACUAAUUCAGAUAUAUCUGACAGUUAA